UCACCUGACCACUUAGGUAGAAGAGCUCAUUUGAAUACACAAUGUCUUAUUAAUUGGGUCAUCCUGCUUAUUGGUCGUUUGCUUCCUGACUCAUCAAAGAACCUCAUGAGGAAAGAUACAAAGUGGUCUCCCAGGUGCUCUUGCAGUGUCUGGUUUGUCUUCUUAGUAGAGUGGUCUUUACUACAAUGGGAACAUCAUGGCGAGGGCUGUGUUCUGCCCUUGUUUUAGUUUGGGUUCUUUGUGGUGCUCCUGCCCUUGGCUUAGGCAAUGGUUUUCUCUAUCCUGAUACAAGUAAUUCUAGAGUGGAGCGAAGAUUAGGUUUUGAAGGGAAUUCAAACCAUAGAGUUGAUGGGGGCACAUCUUCUGACCAUGGUGUGUAUUCUGAAGAGCACCUCUAUAAAAUGUAUCGAGGCUACAGUAUGUCUGACUUCUCCAUUCCAGCAUUGGCACCCAAGUACUACAAUGAGCUAUCAUUUCGUGAAGCUGAUGCCAGUGGUUCAAGGCCCUUCAAAAGUGUGCCUGGGUUUAUCAAUAUGGCUGCUCGUCAAGAUUCCUCUGAAUUUGAAAAUGAAGAUCUGGGUGUGAAAGCUGCAGAUGACCACCUUUGGGAUGAUGUCUUAACAGAUGUUACUCCACUCUCAGUUUCUGAUGUGAACUGGAGAGCAGAUCCUCUUGACAAUGAAAGUUCAUUCUUUAAUAUUUAUGGUGUGUUCAGUUUGUCAAAGUCUGGCAAAGGAUGGAUUAGUCAAAGUCCUGGCUUUAUUUUGUCUCCUAAAAAUGAAUCCUCUUGUGGUAAAGAUGGAGCCCAUCACCACCACCAUCCACAUUCUGUUAAAUGCAAUACGGCUAAUAUGACUGUUGUAUUUAAAGGACAUCAAAAGGAGCUCUUUGUACAAGCCCACUCCUCUACAGUUUUGAAUGUAUUUAAUCUCCUGAAUAAGUGCAAGUAUGAGGUAAAUGAGAAAAAUGGGUCUUUCCAGUUUACUACUUCAUAUAAUGGAUGCUAUGUCAAGAAACUGGGUGACUGCUUUGUCCUCAACCUCGUAUGGAAAAACAAGCCCGCGGUUCUGUCUUGUCCUGCUGAACCCACACCAUCAUUACUUACUUUUUGCCAAAGUGAUAAAAUGACCAUCGUCCUUCCUGAAGGUCCUCUAGACCUGCUGAAAGUCAAAGAUCACUUCAAUAAAUGGAAACCCAUUCACAAGAUUGCACAAAGGUGUAAAUACCUUGUAUGGAGGGAUUCGUUGGGCAGAAUUGUCUUCUCGGCUUCUUUUAAAGCCUGCCAUGUGAAGGAAACGAAGGAUGAGUAUGUCCUAGUAGUAAGGUAUAAAUCAUCUGCAGGAGUCCCUGGGCAGGUUGUCCUGUCUUGCCCUGUUGAAACCCAUGUGCAGCAUCCUCAUCACUAUCUGGAUUUCCCAUUGGCGUUGUGUGGAAAGAAUGGCAUUAUAAUUCGUCUCCCAAAACAGAAUUUGCAGGCAAUUCAACUGAAAGGUGAGGUUCAUGUCCAAUUCGGUAACCAUUCUAAAUCCUUUUUGCAUCUUUCAAAAGUGUCUUCAUAAUGAGCAAAUCUGAAACAAUAGGAAAUGACCUUGUAUGAACUCUUACAGAUGUAUUUGG